GGGGCGGAGUCCGGAGCGUUCAAAACACAGCUUGCCCUCAAUCCUCAUCCGAUUUUUUGCUUCCUGCCUUUUUUGCGCUUAUUUGUACCACCGCCGCAGUUAUUUGGAAUAAGUCGCGCUUUUUUACCUUUUGUUUUAUUUGUUCUUUGCGUAUAAUGCGGCUGCUUUCCGUAUAUUCGCUCCAAAACACGUUUCUUUCCGAGAGUAUUCUCUAACAGCAUCCGACUGUUGUUUGUUUCCUUGUUGCUUUCGGUGAAUAUGGACUAAUUGAAAAACCGUAUAAAUGCUCCUUCCGUCGAAGGGAUAUCCUGCGUUUGUAAUCGAAGAGGUGUGUGUGCCCUGGCUGCAGCCUGGCUUGUGCUGUGGUGGCGAUGAAGAACCCAGGAGCUGUGGAGAGCCGCCGGCUGGUCGGCCUGCUGGAGGCCGCUCUGGUGAGGGAGGCUCGCCUCUGGAAGGUACCUGUCUUCAAGAAUGAAUGCAUCCAGGGCGCUGGCAUUUCUCCAUCCCAACACCAAGAAAUGAUCCUUUGGCUCGGAGAGAUGAACAGGCUGUUCCAGUUCUGUCCAGAGACCUUUGCAUUGGGAGUCUGUGUUUUCAACCGACUGCUGUCCACCGUCAAGGCCCAAUCAAAAUACCUGAAAUGCAUCGCUUUUACCUCAUUAGUCCUGGCUGCCAAAAUCAAUGAGGAAGAUGAGGUAAUAGGCUGCGUUAAAGACCUGGUUGUGCAGAGCGGAUGCAGCUUUUCAACAGCGGAGAUUCUUCGCAUGGAGAGGAUCAUUCUAGACAAGCUGCACUGGGACUUGUACACUGCUACACCAGUCGACUUCAUUCACAUAGUAAGUCAGAAUUUAGCAGAUAGGCAGGCAAACAGUUGCAAACUGUUUUCUUUUAACUGGACCUGAACUGUCAGAGCAUCUCAUAGUGAGCUGGCUGGACUUUGAAAUGCUUUGUGAAUUCAGGUCCUGGUCUUUGCCUAAAAACACAGUACAAAAGCAGACAUUAAACCAUCAUGCUUGCAUCACGUUUGCUUCAAGAUGGUGUUUACAAACCCUCAUACCCCCCUACCCACACAGUAAAGAAUUGGUCCUGGUAGAGAUUGUGCCUUUAUUUUGACUCAUUGUGCCCAUUAUAUUAUAAACUCCAUUCAGUCCUGGUUGGAGUGUGUCCUUCCCUCUUUAUUUUUUUAAAAUAAUUACUGCAGCCAAGAAGCGUAAAAUAAAAUCAUGCCUCUCUAAUAUAAAUCAUAAAAUGAGAGUCUGAUUAGCAGAUAUGUUAGAUUUACAUUUUGUUUUCCAAUAAAUCAGAAUAAGUUGACUAAAAUAUAAUUGAAUAUUGGUUAAUAUAAUAAUAAUAUUUAUAAUAAUAUAAUGCUGCCUGACCUCAGCUAUGAUAAAACAGUCUGCUAAACCUGAAAAGGCAUUUUAUUUUAUUUUCAGGUCUCACACUUUUCUAGUGUCACAUCAUUGUUUAAUUGCUAAGUAAAGGUCUAUUUCCACUCUAAAGAUUUGCAUUGUCUGCUCUCUGCAGCUUCAGUGCAAAAGUGACAAUAUUGGACUUGAAAAUCACAUAUUCGACAAACCCAAGUUACAGCUUAACCCAGGCCAGUUACCCAAUUUGCAUGUAAGUGGACAAAAAGCAACAAAGACGCAUUUCAGCAUUAGGUCUGAAUAGAGCUGUAUGAGAUUCCUCCAACCACGUAAGACUGCAUUUGCAAGCUGCCAGCAAAAUAACAGGCAUGUUGCAUAUCAGGCCAAGGCACUUCUGACUAACUCUUACCCCACAGCCAUACAGUGGAUACCCAAACCCUCCAGAAACAUAGACGAUUUGGGUCGUUGGCGUAUCUAUAACAUGCUGUGAAUUGUUAAGACUGUUUCUAAUGCCCAUGCUGUAUAACUCAUUUUAUGGCACAAUAUUGUUUCGUAGCUCAGGCCUGUUCACAGCAAUUUCAUUGUUUAACCCUUACAAAUCAUUGCCAAAAGCCUUGACCACUGACUGAACUGUCAACAAACACACACAUCAUUUAGGUCCCUUCAUGCUGUUGGGCCCGGGGCUGUAUUCAUAACGCUUUUAACGAGAACUCAUCCAUAAUGUAAUGAUUAAAGAUCAGUAACUAUGCCAAAAGUCAACAGUUUGAGCAGGUAUGGAUGGGCUUCACAUAGGGCUGAUAUGGGUGAAUCACAAUUGUGGCAAAUGUACGCAAAGUGAGUUUAUUGCAUUAAACAGCAAUUUAAUUAUUUUAAACUCAAGUCUUUACACAUGUAAAACAAAAUUUCAGUGACUACUUUUUAGUUUUUAGCCACUCUAGCAGCUUUAUGGAUCGCAAUGUUGGCCCACCACUUUGGUCCAACUCCAAUAUCUCAACAACUUUUGGAUUGAUUGCCAUGAAAUUUGCCACAGCUAUCCAUGUUUCUCAGACGAUGAGCCCCAAUGACUUUGGUGAUCCUUGACUUUGCCUCUAGCGUUACAGGCAGGUUCACAUUUCUGAUUUUUAAUAAAAGUAUCUCAACAACUGUAAAUUGGAUUGCCAUGAAAUUUGAUCAACACAUUCAUGUCAUCCUCAGGAUUAAUUGUAAUCACUUUGGUGACCCCUUGACUUUCCAUAUAAUAGGCCAUAAUAGCAUGGCUGUAGACUCUUAGUCUUGUUAACUACAGUUUGCUUGGAAUCAUUAAUUUGAACAGAAUUUUGCAACACAAUAUGGUUAUCACAUCAUGAUAAAAUUCCACUGAAAGUCAGGAAUGAUAAUAUUGAAUUAUUGUUCAGCUCAAGUUUCACAUUAUAUGAAAAAAUUAGACUUUAUGGAAGGUCGAAGGGAAGAUAUUCCACUUGUUUUCUUUGCUUUAAAGCAAAACAAACCGUAAUUUGGCUGAAAACUUCAUCUAACUGUGAAUGAGGAGGCAAAACAGGGCGUAGGCCAGCAGUUGGAUGCUUUAUGAAUACAGCCCGUAAUUCUCUUGACAGAAAUGGUUUACACUUUGUACUGAUCCACACUAUUCAAAGGAUUUCCACUGAGACAACUUCCUCAGUUUAAGAGAUACCACAAUUCCUGAUACACAUCUUUUCUUAAAUAAAUCUGACAGUGAUUCUUAGAAGAUAUUGAUUUACUUGCUCAAGAUCCCCAGUUGAUUUGUGAAGUCUUGUCGUGCAUUCUGGGAGUCCAUAAUCUCAUCCCGGACCAAAGGACAACCUACAUUCCCUCAAAAAAAUUAAGUGUUAAAUUUGUUUUGUGACAUUGAAAUUGGUGGAGGACUGAUACAUUUUCUUAAAGCCACAAACCAUAAACUCACCAAAAAGCAGCUUGGCACAUUUGGACUGAUUGAGUGUCUUCUGCAAGACUAAAAAUGGCACCUUCCCCUAUAACGGUUUGUGGAUCUGGCUGAUAUUGGUGUCAUAGGUUUACAUUGUGUGAAGUUAUUGUUGUGAAUCUAUUAUUGUCCUAGCACUUCACUUUAGGUAUUACAAAAAUCCAAACCUUUACAAAUAAAGAGACAUAAUGUAUUAAUAAAAACUAUAAUAAUAAAAUAAAGACAUUUUCUCUUUAUACUGUUCAAAUAAAUACUUUAACUGUACUGUAAGUAUCUCACAAUUACAUUCCACCUGCCCUGAAGAAAUUCCUCUGCGUUUGCUUUCCUAAAUAGUUAUUCUCCAUUGUCUAUAAAACAGCAAUCAAUAAAAUCUAUCAAUAAUUUGUCAUACUCUCCACCAUGACACUUUGAUAGGAAUAAAUAAGAGGGUUAACAGAUGCCUUGUCAUUACCUCUCAAUGAUUCAACAUCCAAGUAAAACUACUUUUGAAAGGCAGAAUCAGCUAUGUGAUGCUCAGACCUUUCACCAUCUGAGACCGUACCAGGACUGUCAAAUCUAAACACACCAUUGUCUUUGUUUGCUACGUUACGCUGAAUCCUCUACAUUUCCAAAAUGAAGUGAAGAAAGAGAACAUGAGGAGAAGAAAGGUUUUUAGGAAGAAAUUGAGAGCUUAACUGUUUCAGGGAUUACUUUUUGACUUUCGCACCACAUUGCUGAAUCUACCUCCCAGUAAAUUCCAAUUUCUUUAAAACACAUGGCUUAUUUUUGCUACAGAGUAAGAGACAAACUAAACACAACAUGAAUGAAAGACUAACAGACAUUAGAAGAAUGCAUUUCGAAAUCUAGUCUGAUUUUCUUCACCAGCCGCUUGUCAUGUGGUGGGAAAUGACUUUUUAGCGUUCUUCAUUUAAACCAAAGGAUAGAGCUAGCUAGCUAGCCUGAGCCCCUUGGUUUCAAUAAAGUGAGCUGUUAGCAGAUGUUUUCUUAUCACUAAAAGUCAAAGCUUCCUUUUUAACAUUGAGCCCCCACUCAGGUUGUGAUUUACAGUUCCUGCCUAUAAAUGGGAACACAGAAAAGCACUGCACGUACGAUACAAUACGAACAAGAUUACUAUGGUUCCUCAGGCAAACAGGUGGGUCUUCAUUAGUAAAACCUGAGAUUCUCUACCUGUUGCUCAAGUGUCCUCCUGCACAGCUUCAGGUAGUAGCUUUUAAUGCAGCAAUAAACACUUGAGAAGAGUAGAGAACCACAGACUGCAAAGUGCAGGGUCCCGGGUGGAUGAGAAUGAAGGUCAGGUCAAAGGGAUGAAUGAUGUGUCGACCUUUUUGUCAGAUUUGCAUGGUUGGGCGUUAAAUUCACUGGUAUAUUUGAUGUUGCUAUCAAUUAUGAAGUAGUAGAGGUAAGGGGUGAGUAAUGGAUGGAUGGACAACAAUGACAUCAUUAUGCUAACGUUUUGGUCUCAUUCCUCUUCGUUUCUCUGUUCAUCUCCGGUCCAGUUCCACGCCCUGCUCGUCGCCGG